AUUUGAUUCACAUUUGAGCAUAAUUGGCGACUUUUAUUUUAAACAUGUUACCGAGCUCAUUAUUGCGGUUUACGAAUAAGCAUAAAAGUCAGGGCGGGUUUGGGUAUGCUGCACAUAUUGACACGGUGGAGGAUUCAUUAAGAGCUUUAGCGUUAUUUUUACCUGGUCGAUUUGAAGACGGGGACAUUUGCUCACAAACAAUUCUAGCAGGAUUGAAUUUGGUGUCGUUGUACCAUACAAAGUUCUUGGUGCAUGCAGCAUUACGUAAUGAAACAAAUGAAAAGGAACACACUUUUAAUGAUAGGUUUAUUCGAUACAAUAUGACGAGAGGGACAAGUAAAGUGGCAUCAUGGACAUUGAGUGUGAUAUCGUACACAGAGGUUGUGAUUGAGAUGAUUUUAAACCGACGUGUAUCGAAACAAAUGCGAUGGAAAUGGGUGGCUAGUUUGGAAGGAAUAAAAGCCAUGUUAAGAUUGGUGCUGUUUUAUAGUAGCAAGAGACGCAUGGUGUUACAUCCAACACAUUUUAUACGAAACAUUGAUCCAGUGUCACUGGAUGUGUGCUCAGAGGAGAAGUUCGAGUUACUAAAUUUGGAUCCUAGGACAGGAACAGCAUUAUCAGCCAAUCCUUGUGAUUCCUCUUUUUCUGUUGGUAGAAGAGGAUGGCCACAGGUGGGUGAGCUGUUGUGGAUCAUUCGACCUUUUAUAUACGUGUUUAUGAUUAUGAUGGAACAGAGAAAGAAGAUAUCCAUGGAUACACCAGAUGAUAACGAGACAAACCCAAUCGAAAAGGAGGAAGAAGGAUCCUGGAGACCAUGGCUUGUUUCUCUCGGUUUAGACGUGAUGUCUAGUGUAGCACGACAUAUGCAACCCAUGUCCCUAUUAGAAAAAGAAGAAUCGAAGCGAAGAGAAUAUUUAUUUGUUUACUAUCUUUUUAGAGGUCCCAUUUAUCUCAAGUAUACAAGAUUGUUAUUAAACAAAUUUUGCGAUGCAACGGAACAUCGACCACUUAUCUCUGUGAUAACAGCCGCUAUCAAUGAUUACAGACCUUUUUGGGAAGACUCUUAUUUUUAUACAGCGGGUUCAUAAUUGGCCAUGUUUUUUAUCCCCACACUUGUAAAUGUCAUGUGCUACUAUUUUAACCAAUGAUAAUGCCUUUUUUUUUGUGUUUGCAUGAAU